GGGGAUUGGCCUGUACACUAAGAUCAGGUUACAUAAAAGGCAGCUGCAGCAGGUUUGGGAAUGUUAGUAGAAUAUAUCCCUGGGGAACAUUGCUCAGUGAGUUAUUGGAUUCUGGAGCCAUGAGUGGGUGCCCAUUUUGGGGGAACAAAUAUCAAUUUAAUUUUAAUAAACUGUCUUUGGAGGAUGAGGAAGGAGAAGACAAGUCACAAGAAGGGCUGAAUAAAGCCAGCAAAGGUGGACUUAUCUAUUGCGACUAUCUACAUCUGGACAAAAUAUUGAAUGCUCAAGAGCUGCAGAGUGAAAAAAAAGGAAACAAGAUCCAUGAUGAGCAUCUUUUCAUUGUGACCCAUCAAGCUUAUGAACUUUGGUUUAAGCAGAUUCUGUGGGAACUGGACUCAGUUCGGGUGAUCUUUCAGAAUGGCCGUGUGAGAGAUGAGAGAAACAUGCUCAAGGUUGUUGCUCGAAUGCACAGAAUUUCAAUGAUCCUUAAAUUACUUGUGGAGCAAUUUUCAGUUCUAGAAACUAUGACUGCAUUGGACUUCUUUGAUUUCAGAGAUUACUUAAGCCCAGCAUCAGGUUUUCAGAGCCUGCAGUUUCGCCUGUUAGAGAAUAAGAUUGGUGUCCCACAGAGCCUGAGAGUCCCUUAUAACAGAAGGCAUUACCGUGAUAACUUCAAGGGACAUGAGAAUGAACUGCUGCUUAAAUCAGAGCAGGAGCCAACACUUCUGCAAUUAGUGGAGGCAUGGCUGGAAAGAACACCAGGACUAGAACCAGAAGGAUUUAAUUUCUGGGGAAAAUUUGAAGUGAAUGUGUUAAAAAGUCUACAAGAGGAACUGGCAAUGGUUCAGGCCAAACAAGAAUCAGAGGAAAAAGAGGACCUACUGGCUGAACUUCAAAAACAAAAAGAGAUUCUUAUUUCAUUAUUUGAUGAAAAACGCCAUGAACAUCUUCUUAGUAAAGGAGAAAGAAGACUCUCUUAUAAAGCAUUGAAAGGAGCUUUAAUGAUUUACUUCUACAGAGAGGAGCCUCGCUUUCAGGUUCCCUUUCAGCUUCUUUCUUCUCUCAUGGAUAUUGAUAUACUCAUGACCAAAUGGAGAUACAACCAUGUCUGCCUGGUGCACAGAAUGAUUGGCAGCAAGGCUGGCACUGGAGGAUCAUCAGGCUAUCAGUAUUUGCGCUCAACAGUGAGUGACAGGUACAAGGUGUUCGUAGAUUUGUUCAACCUCUCAACAUUUUUGGUGCCGAGACACUGGAUACCAAAGAUGAACCCAACUAUUCAUAAAUUCCUUUACACAGCAGAAUAUUGUGACAGCUCCUACUUUAGUAGUGAUGAUUCAGAUUAAAGAACCCUUCCAUGGUGAUCAAUUUUAAAGAACUUUGAACUGUCAUAUGAACUGGUUUUGACCUUUUGUGAGGUCCCUUAAAUUUAUUAAAUGUUACAAAGCAUGUAUAUAUAUUUAUGCACGCCAGGCUGUAAGAUUUAAAGCAUGUGAUGAAAUUGUGGACACAUUAUAAAUACUAUGAUUUAGAGAUACUAACUACUACAUUUUCAUAUUGAGGUAUUUUUAAAACAUUACAGAAAUAAGAAGGCAGAGUUUGCUAAAGAAAACAAUAUACAGAGAUAUUAAUGACACUUAGCAAUACUGGAUCAUUAUUAUUAUUAGCAUUAACCACAGUUGGAUUUCUGUGGUUAAUGCUAGGGAUUCAUUUUGCUCAGUAUCUUUACAGAAAUAUUUCUGUUACCAAAAAUCACAUAGGAUUUCUAAAAUUUCUUUGGAUUAUUUAAACUAAAUUUACUCUUCUAUAUUUAUGCUUAUUUUUGCAUUUCUGGCAGCUCGGACAAUGAAAGUGGACUAAUCAGUUUUACUUUUGUUUAGUUCAUUUCUUGUCAAUUUUCAGGUUUUCACGCAGUAGCAAAUGCUUGAGGAUGAUUAUUAUUUACUUUUAAAAUAUGUCCCUGUUGGGCAUUUUUAUUGUACUGAGAUUUUUAUACAGCUACAUUUUAGAAAGUCUAAAUAUUGAGCUAAAUUGGACCUGACAGUGUCCCUAAAUAAUUUAUAUGGAAAGAGAAAAAUCUUGAUUCUUAUGUCAUAAUAAAAGUGUAAUAACUAUAAAACAGUAACAAAAUAAAUAUCUGAUAUUCUGUUAAAUACUUGUUAUAUACUUUAUCUUUGUCUCAUACUUCAUUUUUUCACUUCAAAUAAAUGGCUAUUAAAAACUUAAAACUC